UGUAAAAAAAAGAACACGACACGUCGGUUGAAUGCUUUCUCCCAAAAAAUCAGAAAUUUUAAUGAAAAACAGUGAAAAUGGGCCAAAAAUUCCAAUACGAUGAGAGCGGCGGCACGUUUUUUUAUUUCCUACUGUCUUUUCUGGCCCUUAUCUUAAUACCGGUAACCAUAUUUUAUUGGCCCAAAAAGAAGAAACGAGAUCCAGAACAGGAAAAGAAACUAUGUCACUGCACACCCUGUUUGAUGAAAAGGGAGCACCAGAAGAAUGCAGAGCCCUGGCAAGGCACCAAACACCUGAUUAUCAAACUAGUGAUAAUUGGGGGCUGGUUGAUAUUAAUAUUAUUAGCAUAUAAAGUUUCACAGUUUGAUUAUGAGAUGGCAAACUUUGAUCCAUAUGAAAUUUUGGAGAUAUCUCCGGGUUCAAGCCAGGGAGAAAUUAAGAAAGCAUACAGGAGACUCAGUUUGAUAUUACAUCCUGAUAAGGACACUGGUAAUGAAAAGGAGUUUAUGAAAUUGUCAAAGGCUUAUCAGGCCUUAACUGAUGAAGAAGCAAGAAAAAAUUGGGAAAAAUAUGGUAACCCUGAUGGUCCAGGAGCUAUGAGCUUUGGCAUUGCUCUGCCAUCCUGGAUUGUUGAGAAGGAAAACAGUAUUUGGGUGCUGGGACUCUAUGCCUUAGUUUUUAUGGUUGCCUUACCUAUUGUGGUUGGUACUUGGUGGUACAGAAGUAUAAAAUUCACCGGAGAUCAAGUAUUACUAGACACCACUCAAAUGUAUUACUACUUCUUCCACAAAACCCCCCAUAUGGCCUUAAAAAGAGUAAUAAUGAUCCUAGCAGCCAGUUAUGAAUUUGAGAAGAAACACAACUCAGAAGUGGAGGAGAGACAAUCAGACAAUGAAGAAGUACCACAACUAAUUAGGAAGUUGCCUAAUUUAAAUGAAAAAAACAAGGAGCGUCCUUUGUGUUAUUUGUAUAGUAUUAAAGCUAGGGCUAUAAUUCAUGCCCAUUUGAGUAGGAUUCCAUUGAACCCCAUGACUUUGGAGAAAGAUAGAAAGUACAUUAUUGGGAAGUGCCCUUACCUGAUUCAGGAGCAAGUCAAUUGUGUUAAUCAGCUGAUUUUAUUGGCGUAUGCCAGAAGAGUAAAAAGCCUGCCAACCAUUGAAACCAUCGAAAACUGCAUGAAACUGUGCCCGAUGAUCGUUCAGGCCCUGUGGGAAUUCAAAUCACCCCUCCUCCAACUACCAUACAUAAACGAUGACAAUCUGAAAUAUUUCAUGUCUAAAAAGCGCCAAAUUAAAACCCUUCAACAAUACGCGCAGCUUAAGGGCGAAGAUCGACGAGCCCUCUUACGCAAUCUAAGUGACCAAGAGUACGAAAAUGUAAUGAAAGUUCUUGGGAAAAUGCCUUACGUAGAUUUCCAAAUCCAAGUUGAGGUUAUGGACGAUGAGAAUCCGACCGAAGUUACCACAGGAGCUAUAGUGACCGUUACGGUCAAUUUGGACAGAAAAGACAUGUCCACCUUAUUUGGUGACGACACCAUUCAAGAAGUGCAAGAGAUCGUUGAGAAUGGCGUGGAAGAGGUAAAAGAAGGUGAAGGCGAUGAGACCGCUAACGUUCCCGUAAAGAGACCGGCCUGGUUAAAGCAAAAAGCUAAGAAAAAUAAGACGAAGAAACCCGCAAAAUCGACCACUAAACCAGUUGCUAACGUGGGGAAAGCGACAAAGGUCGAGGACAGUCCGAGUGUGUCCUUGGAGAGAAAAACCAAGAGGAAGAAGAGAGAGGAGGAAGACGAUUCUCAAAAUGAAUCGGGUGGAGAGGAGAGCGAUGUAGAUACCAAUGAUAACGAGAAGUCUUCGGAGGACGAGAGUACUGAUAAAAAGUCAAAUCCUGAGGACGAUGAUCAAGAGUGGGAAAAGUUUCGUAAAAUACACGAGCGAGAAAAAUCUCUGGAAGGCAAAUCAAAAUCGUCACAUCCGGUACAUUGUCCGUACUUUCCACACGACAAACAGGAGUAUUGGUGGACGUAUAUCUGCGACAGGAAGUCGAGAACUUUAUUGACUGCUCCUUACUACGUCACGGGGUUGGUCGAUAAGGAGACAGUUCAUCUCAAGUUUACGGCGCCAAUUUGGCCGGGCGUAUAUUCGUUCACGGUGUGCCUCCGAUCCGACUCUUACAUCGGAUUCGAUCAGCAAAAAGACUUCAAGUUGGACGUGAAAGAGGCCCCGGCGGCCAUCACGAAACAUCCGCAAUGGGAAUUCGACGAUUCCGAUGACGAACACGGUGCAAAUCCAUUGGCUGGCGACAAACACGAUCCCGAAUCGGAAUACACAACCGACGAAGAUCUGCCAGACGAGGACGAUGAACAAUAACGUUCUUCAUUGUAUGUAUUAGGUUCGAUUCGUUCUUUUCCAAUUCCUUUUUUUUAUUGUUUUGUUACGGUUCCGGAUGUGGGUGAUUGUUAUAGAUAAACUUUCAUUUUUGACAUGAACAGGCGCCACUUGGGAUAACGCAAGCCAAAGAAAUGUCGUUCUGAUAGUUAAAAGUGAAGAGUUUUCUGAGCGCGAUAGUAAGGUGAUUAAACUAAAUGCUGAUUUACAACAUUUAUAUUUAUAUGAAAUAUACAUUUAAUAAGUAGUUUUAA